AUGGAUCUUGUCGAGGCCUUCGGUGCUCGAACGACUGCACACCAUGGAGGACUGGAUUUUGUGGAGUGCGUGGAAAGCGUCACUUCUGGAGACCUUGUAAUUGUUGAUGCACCUGUGGCGAUCACGAACAGCUCUGAGGCGCCCCAGCUGUUCAUCGACACUGCCAUACGACAGAUGUCCAGGUCUGAGGAGUUCGCAAGUCGGCCAUCUUGCCCAUAUCUAGACAUCUGUAGCCCUUUGACGCCCGUGCAUGCAUGCAAACUUGCAUGCGUGCUGAUGGGACCUGCAGUAUCAGUAGGGUCGUGUGGCCAGAGCGUUGUUCUUGUGGGCCGUGGUGCAGUGACCUGCGUCACGGCCGCCAACGACGUGGUCCUGGUGGCCACUGCUAGGGGGUACCUGCUGCGAUACAGCUGGGAUGAAAACGGCAACGAGCAGCUGGUGCAAAUGCAAUUUCGUGUCUCUUUCGCCUCCGUUCCGCAUCCCCCCCAUUCCCCACAACUGGAGGUGUACUACCUGCACCGUCGCUGGCCUCGAGCCCGGGCGCUGACGGAGGUGCGCUCCUGGGGUGCCCUGACGGCCGUGGCCUGGUGCGCAAAGCAGGUACGGAUGUGGCAACGUGUCGUGCCGUACAUCUGUACGGCCAGUGCCUGGUGGCGCCGUGUGCUGAUAGCUAUGCAGGUUAAGCUAGACAUCGAGUAA